GUUAAAUCGAAAGUGAAAGUAUUACUUAAUUUACUUCCUUCUUUAGAAAAUUGAUUUGACACAUUGUAGAUCAUGGCUACAAGUGAAGAUUACUUACUAAUAGAAUUUCAGGAUGCAUUCGAUCUGUUCGCAAUUGAAGGAUCAAUUGACUUUAAAGGUUUGAAGAGCAUUGUGAAAGCACUUCAAGGAUCUGCGCCAAAUGAUGAAAACCUCAAGUCAAUGAUGAAGGCUGUUGACGACGACGAAGAUGAAUGGAUUAAUUUUGAUGAGUUAGUAAAGAUUUUAUCGAUAAAAUUUGAUGAAAUGGAUUCUGCGCAGACAGUUCUUGAGGCAUUCAAAUUGUUUGAUAUCAAUGGUAUAGGGGAAGUAAGUACAGAUCAUCUACGGCAAGUACUCACAACAGCAGACGACCAGCUCUCUGAAGACGAAAUAAACAAUCUGCUAAAAGACUUUACAGAUAAGUCAAUAAACUAUGAAGACUUAAUACAGGAAUACAAUAGUGAUUUAAUACAAUAUCGUACAGCUACAAAACUAAAUUGAGAGAAAGAGAGAGAAUGAGAGUGGGAAUUAAAUAUGUUAUUAUAUAUGUUUUCAUUCUUUUACUUUUAUAUUGAACAGGAAAUAAAAUAAAAUUAACAGCCAAAUUGUUUUGCGUCAUGUUACAUUUCAGCAUAUGUUUCCUGUUUUUGUUUAGCAUUAAAAAAAGAUCGAAAAAUUCGGAAAAUAAUAAAAUAUUCUGAAAUCAUACUACAUCAAUCAUUAUUCUUCAUAAAAAAUAUUAAAUAAUUGCUCAGAAAAGAAGUUUGAGGAAUAAAGAUUCCGAUCGUUUAAGAAAACGGUAAAGUUCUUUAUCCGUCCUCAUUUUUCGAAAAAAAAACAGUGCUCUUAAAUUUAAAUAAGUAGAAAUAAAUGGAAUGCUUAAAUUUGUUAUUAUUCAAAAUAAUGAAAAUGUAUGACUUUUUGUGUUUAUUUGUUACAUAGGAUGUGGUUCUGUACGUUUAAAUUUUUGCUAAUGUGCUAUGUCUAUUUGACAUUUUGUGUUAUUUGGUACAUAUUUGUUUGUGAUUCUUGUGAUUAUUAUUAUAAUACAAUGUUUACUGCAAAAUUUUUGACAUUUUGACCUAUCAUGUUUGUUUGUUUUGUUCACAAAUCGUUGUAAAUAGAAUUGAACUGUAUUCGAUUGUCAUACAAGCAAGAGGUUUACCAAGCUAUACAACCAGGUUUAAUCUACUAUUUUCUACAUAAGAAAAUGCCCGUUCCAAGAGAGGAAUAUGACAGUUGAUAUACAUUCGCCUGGUGUGUUUGAGCCUUUGACUUUCAGUUUGAAUACGGAUUUUUCGUUUUGAAAUCCUCGGAGUUCGGUAUUUUUGUUAUUUACUUUUUUUGUAACAGUAUGUGGAUCUGGAAAAUAGACUGCAAGAUGACAUCUCUUACCGUUGAAUACCGUAUGUUAUGAAUCCCCCUUUCCUCUUUCAACUAAACCGUUUAAAAAGUCAAUCCAAAAAUACUAUUGCUUUUUUCAACGAACUUUUUUUUACAAAACACUGCAAAAUAUAUCCCGCCGUUUAUGAUUUUUACCUGAAAAAAAGCUUGUUAUAUUUAUUUAGGUGUCAAAUAUAGUUAUUAUAUAUUCCACCAAAAGUGUCAAAAAUUUGAAGAAACUAGUUCAGUAUGUUAAUGGUUUUUUUGUA